GCUGGAGAUACAGACACAGAAUUGAGCUUUCUAACAGUGAGUAAAUCAUUACAGAGACAGAUAGAGUUCAGCGUGGACACUUCAGAACUCUCUCACUCCAACACAGUUGGGUUUCCAGAGGAGCACAAUGAUGCGAGACAAGAUCUUGAUGGUUUUUGCGCUAGCUUGGCUGUAUUCUUCUGGAGGACAUGGACAAACUGUCAUUAAAAUUCCGUGUGAUGAUGAAAGUGUGAAGAAUGUUGUGAAUUUAACUCUUUCCACGCAUAAUAAGAUAUUAACUGAAGGUGGUCAACUGGCUCUCUAUAAAAUCUUGGCGGCUACAAAGACCCAGAAUGAAUCGGUGGAAGUGGUGUUUGUACGGUUCACAAGUAGAGAAACAGACUGUCCUGCAGGCGGAGACAAGGUUUGGUAUGAAUGUGACUACCUGCAACAAACGGAUAAGGCAAUCAUAAACUGUCAAGUGAAAGUCCAGUUUGAAAAAGCAGAUCAAAAGUUACUUUUGCAUGACUGUACAGCUGAGCCAGCUGCUUCCUCUAAAGUCGCCCCGUGUCUGGGCUGCCCUGAAAAGAUCGACCUACAUCACGAAGAACUGAAAGAACCACUCAUUUAUUCCUUGUCGAAAGCCAACGGCAUUGUCAAACACAAUCAUUUCUUUAUCUUUAGGGACUUGACAUUUGCAACAAAACAGGUGGUGGCUGGAUUCAGGUAUAAAUUGCAGUUUUUGAUUGAGAAGAGCAAUUGCACCAGGGCAGAAUUCAAAGUGGUUACUGAGGAGUGCCACCCAAUGCAGGAAAAAACGGAGGUUUUGCAGUGUAACUCUACUGUGGAUGUGGCUCCUUGGAGGCACGAGAGGCCAGAAGUGCAUGUUGAAUGUGAAACAAUGGUUACUAAGUCUGUCGCAAGAUUUAAACGACCACCAGGCUGGUCUCCUAUUAGGAAAGUAAAACCGCUCAACUGUCCUUCCAUACCCUGGAGAGAGUUCAAGCCAGUCAUCGUCAGCAUCGCUCCUCCAAACACUACAGAGUCUUCACAGGCCGAAGCAGAUGCUGCAUUCAGUGACCAGGAUCUGCUAAGCUGAGAAGCUUGUGUGUGUUUGUUUAACUGGAUACCUAAAAUAAAAAAAGAAAGAAGGAUGAAAGGAAAUUCAACUACCUUUCUACAAUAAUUCACAGUAGACUGUCUCAUAUUUCACAAUAAAGACCAAGAACCAAA